ACCAGCCCGUCCCCAGGUGCCUCCGUGGCCGCGCUCGCUCCUGCCCAUCCCCACUUGCCUCCCGCAGCCGGAGCGGCCGCUCCCCUGCGCCGUGCGGGCUCUGCUGCCGCUAUUUAAAUGCAACUCCAGCCGCUGGCUGGGGCUGCCGAGCGAGGGCUGUGUCGCUUUAAGGCACAUGUGAUACUCUCCCGAGCAGGGAUGUGUUGAAAUAGGCUCCGGCAGGUCCAGCGCCCGGGAGCCGCCGCCUUGUGCCGCCCGUGCGGAGCCGCGGCCGCGCUGCCCGCGCUCGGGAGCUGCUGCUCGGCCUCCAGUGUCCUGCACGCUGCACCUCAUCGCACCAUCACUUCAAAGGGCUCGUCAAGCAGAAGGGGAUGCUAGGAAAUGAUCUAAAGGUGAAAAUGAGAAGGUUUCCACCCCUCAAACCUUGGCCACUUUUCUGACGGCAGUCUGAGAGCUCAGAUGUCUUCUUUACUCUGGAAACAGGAUUUGUAACGAAAAAGAGAUUUUUUUUUUCUACUUUUAAUCCUGAUAAAGAAGAUUAUUGGGAAGCUAUAAAAGAAAUCCCUUAUUGUGGUACAGAUGGAUUUAAAAAAGUAUUAGAUCUUUCCGAUGAACACUACUAGAGUGCUCUGCUCUUGGUUGGAUUACUCAGAGAAUGGCAGUGGUCUCUGCAAUGUCCUGGGUCCUGUAUUUGUGGAUAAGUGCCUGUGCAAUGCUGCUCUGUCAGGGGUCCCUCCAUCACACUUUCCAGCAGCACCACCUGCACAGACCAGAAGGAGGAACGUGUGAAGUUAUAGCAGCACACAGAUGCUGUAAUAAGAAUCGCAUUGAGGAAAGAUCACAAACAGUAAAAUGCUCCUGUCUACCUGGGAAAGUGGCUGGGACUACAAGAAACAGACCUUCCUGUGUUGAUGCUUCUAUAGUGAUUGGGAAAUGGUGGUGUGAGAUGGAGCCCUGCCUAGAAGGAGAGGAAUGUAAGACGUUGCCUGAUAAUUCUGGAUGGAUGUGUGCAACUGGCAAUAAAAUCAAGACCACCAGAAUCCACCCAAGGACUUAACAGAGCACCCACGUCUGCACGGAGACAGUGAAAGCCCUGCUGAUUUAUGAGGACAAAGUAUUGAAAGUUUAAAACCAUCUCAGCAUUUUCCAAGCCAAAUGGAUUUCUUAUUUGCACUCUGACUGUUUACCAGAAAACAACAGUGGCUUUACUGUGUGAAAGAAAGGAUUCGGUGGAAAUAAUGGCCCUGAUUUUUGACAGCUGAAAAUAAAAAAUGAAGAAAGUGGUUCCUUUGGUAAAGUUUCUGAGAUUGCAAAGUACAAGCAACAGUAUAAGUUUGGAUCUACAAUUUACUUUAUACCAGUUAAAGUAUAUAUAUAUAUAUAAAUAUAUAUAUAUUAAUAUAUGAUAUUUUGAAAUAAAAGCCUCACUCUUCAAGAAAUUGAAUAGUACCACACUUUGCUGCAGCUGCUGUAUUUUUUUUUUCAUUUUUGCUAUGGUCUGGAAGUUCCCUACCUGUUUGAGAGAGAAAUGUGGCAGUGAAGAGGCAAAGCAAACCUGCUGUGGUACAAGGACGCCUAAGAGCUACACGAAUCCUACCGAUGCAGCAUCCAGAGCUUCCUGUUCCCUUCAGCAGAAUUUUGAGGGCAUUUGUUGUUCCACUUUGUGUUCUGGAGGCUUUUCCCCUUGUGCAAUACUAGCAUGCUGGCUUUGCUUCAUUAACCAUACUUGAUUGAUAUAUAACAAUGAUAAUUCUAUCCUCCUCCAAGAAAAUAUUUUUAGAGCUGUUAGAUAUUCCAUGAAGAAGAGAUGGACAACUACUGAGUGAAGUACAGUAUGUAUUAAAAGUUUAUUUGGCAGA